AUGAUCAGCAGCAGCCUGUGGCCCUGCAGACCCUCUGGGCGUCUGCUGCAGCCGCUCUGGGACCACCUCCUGCUCCACCACCGUCCGUUCAUCACCUCUCCCUUCUUCCCUGUCGUCGUAGCCUUCUCCAGCUAUGUCUUCUUCAGCGUCCCAUUCGCAGUCAUGGACGUCUUGGGGGACAGGGUGCCGUUUUUCUACCAGUACAAGAUCCAACAAGACCGGAAGCCUACCUCGAAAAUGAUGAUGAAGAGUUUUACGAUAGCGGUGUACAAUCACAUGUUUUUUGUUUUGCCUGCGGUGAUUUUGGGGACUUUUAUUUUGCCAUCUCCCACACUGCCUCAAGAAGCGCCAACCGUGUAUGAGUUCUUGGUGGAUGGACUUGCCUCUCUUCUUCUCUUCGACACUCAAUAUUAUCUUUGGCAUUUCAUCCAUCACAAGAUCCCGCAGCUUUACAAAUGGAUCCACGCCAUUCACCACGAGUACAUUUCUCCCUUCUCCUGGGCCACGGAGCAGCUCAGCAUCCCCGAGCUGAUGACCGUGGGCCUCUGGAGCAACCUGGACCCCAUCCUCCUGCGCUGCCACCCCCUCACCAUUUGGUGCGUGACGGUUUUUAGCAUCUGGAUGUCGGUGGAGGAUCACAUCGGGUACGACAUGCCCUGGACGCUCAAUCACCUGGUGCCGUACGGGCUUCUCGGAGGCGCUCCUGCCCACGACAUGCACCACCAAAAACCCAACAGUAACUACGCUCCGUUCUUCAGCCACUGGGACAAAAUCUUUGGAACGGCCGUGUCCCUGAAGAGGACGUAUAAAUAA